UGAAUAGAACUUGUGGCUGCUGCCUCUUCUUCCUCCUCCUCCUCCGGAUUUCUUUCCCACUCCUGCUGUUCUUCCAAUCUCAAACUCUGCUUCUCUAAUACCAGUCCCUUGCUUCCCUUUCUAGUCUUCACUCCUAUAUUCCUUGCAAUUGUAUCCCAAUUACUUGAGUGAUUUCUACUGUGGAUCGUUGGUUCCUUCCUGUGUUGAUAUUGAUCUGUGAAUGAGUUGACGGAUCGUGACAAUAUGGUAUCAAAGCAGUCGAUUCGUGGGGUUUCUUGUGUGGAGAUGAAGUGGGAGAGCGCUGGUGGUCAGAGGAACAGCCAACAACUUGGUGGUGGUGUCUUUGGAGGAGAUGCCCACCACCUGUUCGAUGAAAUGUCGAGCUGUCCAAGAGCUGACUCAGCUGCUGUCCUUCGCGUCACUGUGAGCCAGAUCAUAUAUCCAGUGACAUCUGAGGUGUUGCAUCAAGUGUACGAUACCUAUGGAGCAGUGGCGGUGCAGGUUCUUGCGGUGAGCACAUGGCAAGUCAAGGCUCUUGUGUCGUUCAUGUCCAGCCAUGACGCGGAGAGGGCUCGGUCUGCCACCCACGGUCGCGACAUCUACGACGGGGGUUGCUUACUGGAUGUGCAGCACGUCCAGAUGUUCCCUGGAGAUGGCGCCACCGCCACGCACACCACCUGUUCGACGAUGGUACCAAGUAGCGCCACCGCAAGGCCAGUGGCCAAGAGUACUGCUGCUGCACCAGAACGCGUGUUCCCUGCUACUACAGCUUCAUCUGUACCCUCAAUUACAUCAGCAGCCAUGGUGACAUCGGUUCCUUUCAACGAGACCAAGAAGGCUGAGACUGACAUGGACAAGGUGGUGGAGAACUUAGACAAGACCAUUCAAGACCUGUGCACCAAGAUCGAUCGGAUGCUAGAGAGGCAUUUCGCGACACCAAGGUCAGUACAGAGGCCGGCUCAACUAACCUUGUUGACACAGCCAAGCUUGGCAUGGGAACAACCAUCGAGUGUUCAAUGAAGUGUGAGAACCAGUUGGCUGAUGAUGAUGAUGGCAAAGACAUGGCCAAGGAGGAGUGGAUGGAGCUCAUGGAAGUGGAUACCAUGUUCACCGCUAUGUAUUUAUGCUUCAGAGAUCCAUUUUUAAUCAUCAAUGCAAUUCCUCCCAGGAACUGGAGUUGGUGCUUGAGCCGUGCCUACUUUGGAGUUGUAGGCCUCUCUUUCGUUUCAUCGAAAUUGGAAGUACUCUAUGGUUGCUUUGACCGGAGCUUAGAAUACACAGCUAGCCCUCCACCGGUACCACCUUGGAGAGCAGCAAUUCCAUGGAACAAAGCUGAGAUGACCUCAGGUUCUCGGCCUUUACCAUGGCCUGAUCCACAGCUUUGUCAAGGCAGCGGAGGCGUGGUGGUAAAGCUCUUACAACUCUAGCCGCCACCUAUUCAAACAAAUGUUAAAGCUGAAAUUGAAACACUGAAUUUAUAUGGUGAGUCUCAUCAAGUCUCCUUGAACUACAGUGUUGCCCAGUUCAUGAGUAGAACAAUUAAUUCCACUGAGGGCUUGCUGCAAAAUCUGAUGGUUGGAUGGUGUAUUUGGCAUGAGAUAUGUCUCUCUGGUGCCUUUAGGAAGGCCUAUCAGCACACACAUCAUUCAACCUAUGGUUGGGCAUAUGGGGAUCAUGAAUUGUUCUUGCUGCUGAUGCUGAUUUCCCAGUUGUCACCUGAUGCAUGGUGUGAUUGCUUAUUCAGUUGUGAUAAUGCUGAUGGUAUUUGUACUUGCAAGUCACCCGAGAGAAGUACCAACUGCCAUGCUCGGUGCUGCAGUGUUCCAACUCCAUUUCAGGUUCAGAGCAAAAACAAUGGCGUAAUAGGUGAUACUUCAUGGACUCAAUUCAGAUCAAACAAUGGUGAUGCUGUGCUGUUGGUGCCACAACCAUGGCCACAGCCGAUUCUCUUCCCAGUUCAUAUUAUGGUUGAGCUAGAGGUUUCGUUGAAGGGAAUUAUUGUCUCAACAAAAAAGUUGGUCAACUUGCAAUCUUUGGCUCCUCCUUCGCUUUGGAGAAAUGAGGUAUUCAAUUUGUGUGCAACAGGAGGGCAAGGGCUAAAUUUUUCCUGGAAAUGUAUAUAUGAAGAGCUACAGCAGUUGCAAUGUACCUUUGAGUUUACUCUUUGGAAUCAACAUGGACAGACAUAUAAGCUAUUGUUACAAAAGGAGCAGCUGAAACUUGGUGCAGUCUAUCUCAGUUUGGAAGUAAAAUCUUCAGAGACAUGCUUCACUUGCCGGACUUACGAGGAGGACAUGUUCUUACAAAUCACAAAUUUUGUAGGUCACAACUAUGAGGGGAGUAACACUUGUUCUACCCAUCAAUUCAGUCAUGGUUGGCCUAAAUAUUUGGUAAGAGCUAAAUUCGUUCAAUUCCAAAGAGGCAAGAUUCUUUAGGAGCAAGUGCAACUGGCAUAUAGCAGGCCAAACGGGCGGCCCGGCCCAGCACGACACGGCACGCCGACGGCACGGCCCACUAGGGCACGGCCCGUUAGGCACGGCUCCUGUAGCGGGCCGUGCCGUGCCGGCCCACGUGCCAAGGCCACGGCCCAAGCACGGCCCAAGAAGGUGCUGGGCCGUGCCGGGCCGGCACGGCUACUGUAGUGGCACGUGGGCUGGUAGCCGGCCCACUAGUACAUGUGGCCCAUAAAAAUUGAAAUUUGAGGGAAAAAAAAGAAAAAAGGCAGAAAAAACAUAAUAUAAAGGAAAAAAUGAUAAAUAUAGGAUAAAUGUGAGGAAAAUUUAGGAAAUAUAUCAUAAAAUAUAUGGUACAAAUAGGAUAAAAUGUGGAAAAAAAAUAAAAAAUAUGAGAAAUAUAUGGGAAAAAUUAGAAAAUCGUAGGAAAAAUAAAUGGGCCGGUGGGCCGUGCCAUGCCUGGGCCGUGCCGUGCCGGCACGCUACAGUAAACGUGCCGUGCCGUGCUAGCCCACGGGCUGAGGCAUCGGCCCAAACACGGCACGGGAUAACGGGCCGUGCCGGCACGGCCCACAGGCUGGCGUGCCGUGCCGGGCCUGGGCCGGCUACAGUACUUCCGUGCUCGGGCCGGCCCGGCUUGGCACGACCCAUUUGGCCAGGUAUAAACUGGCAUUGUAUACAACAUCACUGGUGCGGGUGACUUGGGAUCCUGGUGGCUGUGUUGUAUCGGCUUGGGGACAAGCCGAAAUUCAUGGAGGGAGGAAUGUCAUGGGCCUGGGCCUGUCAAGUGAGCUAUGUUGAUUGGGCUGGCUUGAGGCUGAGGGGAGGCAAAGGAUACACUAUAAAAGGAAAGAAGCAACAGGCAUGAAGGGGAUCGAUGAAUAGAACUUGUGGCUGCUGCCUCUUCUUCCUCCUCCUCCUCCGGAUUUCUUUCCCACUCCUGCUGUUCUUCCAAUCUCAAGCUCUGCUUCUCUAAUACCAGUCCCUUGCUUCCCUUUCUAGUCUUCACUCCUAUAUUCCUUGCAAUUGUAUCCCAAUUACUUGAGUGAUUUCUGCUGUGGAUCAUUGGUUCCUUCCUGUGUUGAUAUUGAUCUGUGAAUGAGUUGACGGAUCGUGACACUCCCCCUCGCCUUGUCCUCUUCUAACUUCAUGGCCACAUAUCAGGCAUCCUCCACCUGUUGAGCAGAGCAGUGGGAAAACGAGAAUGAGGAGAAGGCGCCGCAGCCGGCAAGCUCGAUCUCGUCGCGCGCGCCGACCGUCGCGCCAUUGGAGCGCCAGAAGCGGGCGGGUGGCAGCAUGGCAAAGGCUUCGGGAGCUCCUCAACCACCGCCGAGGCGCUCCGCUUCGUCGAGCACCGCCAGCGCCCAUGCCGCCGCGCGCUUCCCUUUUGCCAUACUUCCCCUCGUCCUCGCCGGCGGCGACCAGUGGAGCGCUUACGUGGCAGAACCAGAACCAGACGUGUUUCGACGGGCGUAAAUAAGGCCCAUCCACACAAGGCCUUGCAAGGCUUAAAGCCGGGCCCAUUUUGAAGCCUAUGUAUUCCACGCCUAGUGGCCUAGUGGACUAGGCCCACAAAACUAAGCUCAAAUCUCACUUGAGAGAUUCUCACUUAGGCCGAGUUUAGAUCUAAACUUUUUCUUCAAACUUCUAACUUUUCUAUCACAUCAAAACUUUCCUACAUACAUAAACUUCCAAAUUUUCCAUCACAUCGUUCCAAUUUCAACCAAACUUCCAAUUUUGACAUGAACUAAACACAGCCUUAACUCAUUUUUACAAGUGCCAUUGAUAAGUUACUACUCCCUGCAUUCUCUAAUACAUUUUGGUAUUUGUUUAUGAUAAAUAUGGUUUCUGAUAGCUAAUGGAUCUAAAUGUACUAAUAUUAGAAAAAAUAAAUACUUUUGAAUACAAAUGUAAUCAUACCACUAUGUUACGGGGAAUGUUUCAGGUGCGACCUCCCAUUUGGGAGGAAACAUGGAACCCCGAACCCUCCAUCUCCACCAUCUAGACGCAUCCUCCUCUCCCGCCAAUCAUUUUCAAAAGAAAUAAAAACACCCACCACUAAAUAAUCAUUUUGUAUUUUAGUUCCUAGUGUUCACUUUCUCUUUUUCUCUAUAUCUCUCUUCCCCCUCUCUCUCUCUCUCCUUCAACGC